AUGCCAUCUAAUGAAAGUACUGAUACAAUCAAAUGUAGUUACAAUAAAAAUAACUCAUUGGAAGAGAAAGUUUCAAAUAUAACGCUGAAGAAUAGCGGCAUUGUGGAGUCCAGUAGCAAUGAUCUUAAUAAUAACGCUUCAAGUUCAGUGACUUUACAAUCAACUAGAAAUUCUUCGAUUAAAAAUUUUUGUCAAAUAAAUGAAGUUAACAUCGAAAAUAAUAUAAAAACGCAAGAGCCUAUCGAAAGUCAACCUAAUAUAAUAUUAUGUCCUGAUGUUAAUAAAUUAGAAAGCGAAAGUAUACAGUGUGAUGAUUUCAAAAACGAUGUAAAGACAAAUCAUUUUGUAUCAGUCGGAGAAGAACCAAAACCUUAUAAAACAGAUAUUAUAAAUAUAGCAUUGGCACAGCUUGGUAGCCAAAGUAUUAUGAAAGAUAGGCUUACAAGUCCAGAGACGUUAUUAAAAGAAAAUAUGAUUAGUACUGAAACAUUAGUAAAUGAAAAUAUUGAGCUAAAGGCAGCAGAUACUAUGGAAACAAAAGAUUUAGUUACUCAAAUAUUUAAUGAAGAUAACUUUCGCGAAAACAGCGAUGCAACACUAGUUGGCUCGAUUAUCUCUGAAAUGUCAAGUAAAAAUGAAAAGUUUUUCUUGGCUUGUACAGGCUCCUGUUUGAACAAAACAGAUGAAUCUAAUUACACGAUCACUUCUUGUUCUGAAUAUUGUUCCAGUUCUAACACAGAAAUAACAGAAAAAACUUCAGUAUAUGUUUCAAAAGACCACAACAAUAAUCUAGAUAACGUCGAACCAUCGGUUAGUAAAGUCGAACAAAAUAAGACCAAUACAAAUGUUAUUAUAGCUGAAGGCUUGCAAAAAUUAUAUCCAUUAAAAAACAAAGGCGACAAUAUAUCACUUGAUAAAUUCUCCAAAAAUGUAUUAAAGAAGUCAUUAGAUACAGAGAAUGCUGCAAUUUAUAAAAACAUUAAACUCCCAAAUGAAGAAAUAAUUAAAGAGAUAAUAACAGAAAGAGACAAUUCACAGAAAAUAUCAUGUUCCGAAGAAUCGAGGCAUUUUCAACCAUUCCCAGACCUUUGGGAUAAACUAACUGUAACUCUUGAUUUAGCUAUAAAAAAGCUGGAGGAAUCUCUAAGUAAAAAGAUUUUAGGAGAAUUACAGACGACCUUACAGAAAUUUGAACAUUAUGCGCACUUAAUAUCGAAACAAGAGACAAAACUUCAGAAACCGUCGAAUCCACCUAAUCUCCAUAAAGUAGAAAUAGGCAAUUUGGAAGUAAAUAAUGAAGAAGGUAUGCAAUGUGACAUAAUUCAAAGUCACGUUAUAGACAAUUUGAUACAAAACAAACUUAGUAUAGAUGACCAGAAGUCAGAAAGAAGUAGCAAAACCAAAGUUUUAAAUAAAAUAAAAUAUCCCAAGACUUUUAAAGAUAACUUCGAAAUUUUGAAAGCCUACAUUGAACCUGUUGUUUCUAAGCAAUUAGGUGACGGAGAUUCCGUUAAAAUAUCAACUGAAGGCGUAUCACUAACAACUACUCAAGCUAGAAUAUUAUUCCGUGGCCCUCUUAGAUUUCUCAAAGAAAAUUACUUUGUUUUAAGUAGUGUCCCAGCGUUUUUCUUUUGUGUUUUUCUAAUUUACGGUUUCAUUGUGCUGUUAAUAAAGCUUUGGUGA